AUGUCAAAUAUUGUGGGCGUAGAUCGCGCAGUCGGCGCCGGCAAUGUCGUCGGACGCCACCGCUCGUACAAACAGCCGUCGAUGCGUAUCGAGGAAGGAUGCUUAACACUUGCACCUCUAAUUAUAUCUCGGGAACUGUGCUCUGCAAACAAAUACUACGUUUCUAGUUUGAGAAACCGUCUCAUAAGCCAAAAGGGAUGUGCCAAUGCAUCAGAAGAAAAUAACCAAAAAUUCAAAGCGGCAGAUAUAAAGGUGCCGCUAUUUAUAUCUAAUGUGGACAGAGAGGUCUCAGAGCAAGAUAUUAUUAAUUAUGUAUAUGGAAAAACAAAGGAAAAAGUUUCAUUAGAGAGAAUUAACAUGAAAAGGCAGAAGGAUUAUAAUGCCUAUAAAGUUUAUGUAACAAAGCAUAAAAUGGAUACUUUCUUAGACGAUAAACUGUGGCCCAUUGGCAUAACCUUUAGGCGUUUCGUGAAUUUUCACGAAAAACGGAAAAAUAUGGAAGUUGUAAAAACAGUAGAAAAUAAGAGA